UAAACAAAACCAAACAACAAAUAGCUGACGCGGUUUUAUCUUCUUCACCACUACUUGCUUUUUUAGCUGUCUUCCUUUCUCUCUCUAAAGAAGCUUCAGUUUCUCUCUCUAAAAAGAGAUACAACCUUUAUCUCUAAAACCCUACUAAACACUCAAAACCCUUGCAACCCGUUUCAGAUCUACAAUACAUUUUAUCCUUGUGCUAUGCGAUUUCGAGAGAGAUUAAGAAGUUGAAGUGUUAAGGAUAGAAAUGUCUAACUCCGACCCGAAAGCCCGACCCAUACCAGGGAAAAGGCCACCGGCUCCGGAAUCUGCCGCAAUGCCGCCGUCUUCGUGGGCUAAAAAAACUGGUUUCAGGCCCAAAUUUUCUGGUGAGACCAAUGCAAGUGAUUCUGGACAGAUUUCACUCCCUCCGAGGCCAAAAGAGCAACGGGAUGCCCAACCGGAUCUUGAAGCGGGUCGGGUCAAGGCAACACCACCACAGCCACUACCAGUGCCGCCACCGCCUGCAGUGAACGGGGCUGACACGGUGGUGGCUUUACCAUCAGAGAAUAAGGAUCAGACGGUGGUGAAGAGGAGGAGGGACUCUGAUGGUGGUAGUGGGGGAGCAAAGAAGGAUGGUUCCGGUCACGGGGUAAAUGGGGCGGGUACUAAUGGGCCACCGUCGGGACCGAGAAGAGCAGCGGCGAGGAACGAGGAAGUGAUUGACGUGGAGGAUGAUGGCUUUGCUGGAGGGAGACACACACACAUGAAGUAUGAGUUAAGAGACACUCCCGGUCUUGUUCCCAUUGGUCUAUAUGGGUUCCAGCAUUACCUUUCAAUGUUAGGUUCAUUGAUUCUCAUUCCACUUGUCGUAGUUCCUGCAAUGGGUGGCACUUAUGAGGAUACUUCAACGGUGGUGUCAACAGUGCUCUUUGUUUCAGGAGUCACCACGCUCUUGCAUACAUCAUUUGGGUCAAGAUUGCCUCUGAUACAAGGCCCAUCAUUUGUUUACCUUGCUCCAGCACUGGCAAUAAUCAAUUCCCCAGAGUUUCAAGGACUAAAUGGAAAUAAUUUCAAGCAUAUAAUGAAGGAGCUACAAGGAGCUAUCAUUAUAGCUUCAGCUUUUCAAACAAUACUUGGAUAUAGUGGACUGAUGUCAGUCCUUUUGAGGUUGAUCAAUCCAGUGGUUGUUGCCCCAACUAUUGCUGCUGUUGGACUUUCUUUUUAUAGUUAUGGUUUUCCACGAGUUGGUACCUGUCUUGAGAUUGGUGUGGUGCAGAUAUUGCUGGUUAUUAUGUUUUCUCUUUACCUGCGUAAGAUAUCUGUUUUUGGUCAUCGCAUAUUUCUAAUUUAUGCGGUUCCAUUGGGUCUAGCAAUCACAUGGGCGGCUGCUUUCCUUCUUACUGAAGCAGGAGUCUAUAGUUACAAAGGUUGUGAUGCAAACGUUCCAGCAUCAAACAUUAUAUCUGACCACUGCAGAAAGCAUGUUUCCAGGAUAAAGCACUGUCGAGUUGAUACUUCCCAUGCACUGAAAUCUUCCCCAUGGUUUAGGUUUCCUUAUCCAUUACAAUGGGGUACUCCUGUUUUUGAGUGGAAAAUGGCUCUCGUUAUGUGCGCGGUGUCCAUCAUCUCAUCUGUAGAUUCGGUUGGCUCAUAUCAUGCAUCGUCAUUGUUGGCGGCCUCUAGGCCUCCAACCCCAGGGGUUGUUAGUCGGGGGAUUGGUCUUGAAGGCCUUUGUAGUGUCUUGGCUGGUCUAUGGGGUACUGGAACUGGUUCUACUACUAUAACUGAGAAUGUGCACACUAUUGCUGUGACUAAAAUGGGGAGCCGCAGAGCAGUUGAAUUAGGUGCCUGUGCUUUGAUCCUCUUAUCCCUUAUAGGUAAAGUUGGAGGAUUUAUUGCCUCAAUUCCUGAAGUCAUGGUUGCUGCUCUCCUUUGCUUCAUGUGGGCAAUGCUUGCAGCAUUGGGAUUAUCAAACCUGCGUUAUAGUGAGGCGGGAAGCUCCCGGAAUAUCAUCAUAGUUGGUUUAUCAUUGUUUUUCUCCCUUUCAGUACCAUCAUACUUUCAGCAAUAUGGCAUCUCUCCAAAUACAAACUUGUCUGUCCCAAGUUAUUUACAGCCAUACAUUGUGGCCACACAUGGACCAUUCCGCAGCAAAUAUGGAGGGUUGAACUAUUUUUUGAACACGGUACUAUCCUUAAAUAUGGUGAUCGCGUUCCUUGUUGCUGUUAUCCUGGACAACACUGUGCCUGGCAGUAAACAAGAGCGCGGAGUCUAUGUAUGGUCUGAAACCGAGGUAGCAAGAAGGGAGCCUGCCAUUACGAAAGACUAUGAAUUGCCCUUCAGAGUUGGCCGGAUUUUCAGAUGGGUAAAAUGGGUUGGGCUGUGAGACACAAGGCUUUAUAGCUGUGGCGUUGGCCACUGUCCCAUUGUCAAAAGCUCAUCAGUGGCAGCCCUCUCCAGAUGGGAUGAUUGAUGGAUCUGCCUUGUGAUUCUAAAUGAAAGUCCCUUUAGGCUCAAAUUGGUAUAUAGCAGGCAACAGACUGAUUUUUCUUACACGGCUGAGCCUUCGUGGGUCUUAUAGAGAUGAGUUAUUUGUGUACAUUUGAGGAACCAGAGGGAUCUCCUUGUGUUGUAACUUGAAAUUAUCAAUGAUGUAUCUAGUUUUGAAUCAUUGCCAUUGAAAUUUGUCUUAGAGGGACCUCUUAUGUUUGAGAAAACAUUGAUAAUCCACCCUCAUUAUGUAUAUUUUAUCCAAUUAUAUUUCAAUCACCUUCUUCUCCGA